AUGAGGAUAAGGGAAAACAAAAGAGUGCAAGGUAAAAAGAAUAAGAGUAAGUCUACUCGCAGAUUAUUUGUAACUGCAGCAAUUUCUAUCACCGCACUAGUGCUUUUAUUCAUGUGGAACUCUGGGGACAGAGAAGUUGACUUUAACAAGCUUGAAUAUAUUGUCUCUCUCCCAAGUGAUGACGCAAAGCCCAAGCUUUUUUUAAAAGAACCUAUAAGAGCCUUUAACACAUCAGCUACUGAGGAGGAUAUAGAUUAUUUGCGAAAUAGAUACGUCAUUGUCCAAAGCACGUAUAAAGGAAAGCUUGUAGCAAGCGUGUUCAUCAAUCCUUACCACUAUAGAAGCAGCAACAGCUCUCCAAGCGGCCUGGUGCUAGGAUUUGAGGUGUAUAAUAUGUAUGUGUCUCCCAAAUAUCAAGGAAAGCAGCUGUCGAUUAAUCACUUAUAUAGAACGCUUAAGCUGGUGAAAAGUAUAUACAGUGUGAAAAAAGGCGAAAGCGCGUAUGUAAUUCUCCAUGUUUCUCCACUUGACAGAGAUAUGAGCAAGGCGUAUGCACUGUAUCGAACACAUGGGUUUGUGCAUGGAUUAUUUACCGAGCACGGCCCAUACUCGCUGCGCAAAAGAUCCGAGAUUUUCUUUAGGCCUGCCUCUUUGGAUUUUAUUAUAGAAAACCACCCAUAUUAUACUAAAGACUACACAGGCACCCGCAGUACUAAAGGGCCGAAGUUUUUGACGCUGUUUGCUAAAGUUGACGAUGUUCUGCAAGCGGCAGAGAUAAAUGCAUAUAGCAAAAAUGAAUACACAAAGCACAAAGAAAAAGUUGAGCACUUGCGAAAGCCUUUAUUGGCGCAGUAUACUUAUGAAACCCAUACUUAA